UGAUAUGCCAGAUGUUGACAUUAAUCUGAAAGGUCCUAAGGUUGAAGGGGAUGUGGAUGUUAAUCUGCCGAAAAUUAAAGGAGAUCUCAAAGGUCCAGAGGUGGAUAUUGAAGGCCCAGACGUUGACAUUGAGGGUCACAAAGGUGGACUGAAAAUGCCCAAAUUCAAGAUGCCCUCAUUUGGUUUUAAAGGCCCCAAAGUAGAAGGUCCAGAUGUUGACAUCGACGUCCCCAAGGCAGAUAUUGAUGUGAAAGCACCUGAUGUUGACUUUGAAGGAGCAGACCUUGACAUUAAGGGACCAAAUGCCAAACUGAAAGGUCCAAAAUUCAACAUGCCAAGCUUAUCUGGCCCAAAAAUAUCCAUACCAGAUGUGGACUUCAACUUGAAAGGCCCCAAACUCAAAGGUGACAUGGAUGUUUCAGGUCCAAAGAUUAAAGGAGAUAUCAAAUCACCUGAAAUAGACAUCAAAGGUCCAGAAGUUGAUAUUGAAGGACCAAAGGGAGGAUUUGAAAUGCCUAAAAUGAAAAUGCCUUCA